UGUAAGUAUCAACAAUGAUAUUCAAUCGUCUCUGAUUUCUAUGUAGCUGUCAGCUGUCAAUCAAAUAUUCGCAACUAAAGCAAAGAAAUAACUCGUUCAUGUUGUUUGUUGGUUUUGUGACGAUUUAUUGAAGCAAAUAAUUAUGAAAUUGUGUUGUUUAUCGCAAAGUUAAACAAGUUUAAACUUGAAGUCAAGAAUUCCCGAUAUUUGGACGCCUGGCAAUGGAUCUGAUUGAUCAUUCAGUUGAAAUCGACCAUGCUUCGUCCAUGAUGAGGAAAAUUCAUGAUCAUCUAAAAAGAGAACAACUAUGUGACGUCAUUAUUAUAGCUGGAUCAAAAAGGAUACCAGCUCAUCGUCUCGUGUUGUCUUCGGUAUCGGAAUAUUUUCGUGCGAUGUUCAACAGUGAGGUGAGAGAGGCCGUUGAGGAAGAAGUCGUGAUGUCGGAUAACGAUCCUGAUGCGUUGGAGAACUUGAUCAAGUAUAUGUAUACAGGAAAGUUGGAGUUAAAGGAGGAUAAUGUAGAGAGGACGUUAUCAACAGCUAACAUGCUUAGGUUGGACGCUGUGGUUGAAUCUGGAUGUUGCUUCCUUAAACAACAACUCCACCCAUCCAACUGCCUUGGUAUUCGAUCAUUCGCUGACAUUCAGUCAUGUAGAGGGUUGUAUGAGGAAGCACAUAAGUACACCAUGGAACAUUUCACUGAAGUUAUUCGUAACCAGGAAUUCUUGAUGCUGCCGUUACCACAAGUAUGCGAGUUAUUCGGCAGCGACGAGGUAAAUGUAACAAGUGAGAUCAAUAUGUUUGAAGCUGUGUUGCUAUGGGUGAAACAUGAUGUGGGGGAAAGGAAAAAGUUGAUGGCAGAACUACUAACAAGAGUGAGGCUUACACACAUGCCUAAGGAGUACGUCGCUGACGUGGUUCAAUCGAACCCGUUCAUCCGUGACAACCUCGACUGUGAGCAUCAGGUCAUUGAAGCUUUGAUCCAUCACUUGUUACCUGAGAGACGACCUUGUCCUGUUCGGCCGAGGAAAUCAACAACUGGCCAUCUGUUUGCUAUCGGUGGAAUGGAUACUUCCAAAGCUGGAUUUUCAUGUGCGGUCAGCAUUGAACAAUACGAUGCACGAAUUGACCAGUGGUCCCAAGUGGCGAACAUGACGGGCCGACGGCUCCAGUUUGGCGUCGCCGUGCUCGAUGACAAGUUGUUUGUUGUUGGGGGGAGGGAUGGACUCAAAACCCUCAACUCUGUGGAGUGUUUCAACACGAGAACCAAGACAUGGAGUGUCAUGCCACCUGUCGCGACACAUAGACACGGUUUAGGUGUAGCUGUCCUCAAUGGCCCCAUGUAUGCUGUAGGCGGCCAUGAUGGUUGGAGUUAUCUUAACACAGUGGAAAGAUGGGACCCUCAAGCUCGUGCAUGGAACUAUGUGGCUCCCAUGUCGGUUGCUCGAAGCACAGUUGGUGUGGCUGUCCUACAUGAUAAGUUGUAUGCAGUUGGUGGGAGAGAUGGAAGCUCUUGCCUUCGUUCUGUUGAGUGUUUCGACCCCCAUACCAAUAAGUGGACCAACUGCGCCCCUAUGUCUAAGAGGAGGGGUGGGGUCGGCGUUGGGGUUUGUGGGGCUCACCUGUAUGCCAUCGGGGGUCACGAUGCACCUGCUAGUAACCAGAUGUCGAAGUUAUCGGAGACCGUUGAAAGGUAUGAUCCAAAGACGGACCAGUGGUCGACUGUAGCACCCAUGAGCGUACCACGUGAUGCUGUUGGUAUAUGUAUGGUUGGUGGGAGGUUAUAUGCAUGUGGGGGAUAUGAUGGCCAGUCAUACCUUGCCACAUGUGAAGCAUACGACCCACAGUUGAACGAGUGGCGUAACAUCGCGUCCCUCAACACAGGAAGGGCAGGCACAGUGGUCGUGCACGUUCGCCAUCUGCAUUGAGAUGUUCCAAUUACACCAAAGAGAUGUCGAGUGUCUUAACGCCAAAGACGUGGUUUCCACAUUGUUAAUUCAAUGGGUCCCAUUGGUUUAGCUGAAGUGUGACUUUUUUUUACGUCACAACAGCUCGUCCUAAGCAUGAUUUUACAUUGUUACGUCAUAGUGGUUUAUUUAAAACGUGACAAACUCUCUUAACCUUUGAAAUAUAAAGUUUUACCUACUGUUUACUAACAAUUUCAAUUAUGUGCAAAAAACAUGAUUUUUCGGGUCAUUUUUAAUAUUUACAUUACAGCACCCCACAUGUAAAAUACGAUUUUUAUCUAAAACAUUAUAAUUUUUAAACAGAAACUUUUAAAAUAAUAUGGCUGUUAUGUUCUUUUAAAAUUAGCCAGAAAAUCUGUGUUUUAUGCAAAUAAUUGAAAUUGUUUGUAUGGGAUCACUAUCAUAAUCUUUGUAUGAUACUUGUGACAGCUAUUUCAUUCUCUAACAUUACAGCUGAGUUUCCUUCAUUAUAAUGAAACCAGGAAACACUAAGCGGCUGCAUCUGUGCAAAGUGUCCGUUAUUUUAUUCGUUCACUUCCUGCUUUGGACACCCCAGACUUGUUGUCUGUUUUAAUCCUUUAUGGCUCUGAUUCUUAACUUAUAAUAAGCCACUUGUGUUACGUGGAUAAACCUUAAACAAAACAGUUUAACAGUAAAUGAAAUAUAAUCUUUUUGUCAGCUGCACUCAAAUUUUAAUAUGUGAUUAAAGGUAAAAUGGCACAUUAGUAGAAAUUGUAAGAACCAUAGGUUUAAUGCAUUUUUCUAAUACUUUGUCACUUUAAAACUUUAUAAACCUAACUUUUAAGCAGCCAUCAUAAACUUAAUGGUAAUCCCCUUGAUAAUGGUAGCAAUAAUAUUUUACACUGUGUUUAUAUUCCAAACAUAAUUUUUCAUUUGUUUUUAUGCGGUUUCAUAUGACUUAAUCAUCAUGCAAAGAUAUUUCUUUUAUACAUCAUUCGUGGCAUUUACAGUAUGUACAUUGGCACUUUAUUAUAUUGUGUCUAAUGUAGUAGAGUGGAUGAAGAUGGGACACAUUUAGCACUUAAUAUCCAAAUAUCCCGAUCGCGUUUUAAACAAAUAAAAACGGUCUAUGGGGGUCGUAGAAAAACAGUUUUAUAAUUCUUUGAAUGUUCUUUUUUAUUGCCAAAUGGCAUGAGAAAAUAGAAUGAAAGUGUGUCCCAUUUUUCCCACCCUACUAUAUGUUCGUUUUAAUGGUGCAACAGAAACACGCAACGAAUUAUUAAAUGCAAAUACUAUUCACCAAUAAAGUACCAAAUGUUAAUAUUA